CGCCGGUGCGGCCGGAGGCACCGGAGACCGCAAGGUUUGGCCUGCAACGCACCCGGCCCGGUGACCAGCCGACCUAGGUCCGCGCCGCCCCGGAACCGAACAGCGACCCCUGCUCUGUGCCCCGGCGUCUGGGUGCGAGUGUCCAGACGGAGAGGCCCUCAGACCCCGCACAGCAGGCGGUGGGGCGAGGCGUCCUGGGCCGCUCCCCGCUCAGACUGGAGUCUGCAGUGCGCCUCCCGCGGGAGCGACGCUGGGGAAGCCCGUGGGUCCCUGCCGCCGUGGAGCUCGCGCUCCCGAGGGGAGACCGGGGGAAACGAACCAGCCGGCGUGAGGCGCUCAGAGGACUCGGACGGUUUCUAAAAGGGUGUCCGGUGGGCUGCAGAGGGCCCGAGGAAGCGCCGUUCUUGAGGAGCCAGGGCGGCCAGGAAAGGCCUGGAGGAAGGCCCAGCCAAGCAGAAGGAGCGGCAGGCGCACCGUGCGAUGGCCGGGAGCAGGUGGGGGCGGGAGGGCGGCCAAGGCGGCACCCAGACCCGCUGGUGAAAUGCCCGGGUUAGGGGCUGUUCCGAGCAUUAAAUGACACACAGCCCACUCUAGGCGACAGGUCACCGAGCACCUGCUUUGUGCCCGGCUCUCGCGAGCGCUGCUUCAAAGGCUCCUAGGGCCCCGCAUCGGUCCUUCCUUCAUUUCUUUCUGCAGUUCUCACCGCUGCGUAUUACGCCGUGUCUUCGGCACCCAGCUCCCCGUUACAGAGACGGUACCGUGCUCGGUGGCGCCACGCUCGCGCCCGAGUCCCUCUCUAACCCACCUGCUAGAACGCGGGCCCGGGCCGCCCCUCCGUCCAGUUCCUACCUGUGAGCUUCUGGCCGGAAGGACCCCCUGACAGACCUCUUCCGAGCACUAACAGCAUCAACCCACAGGCCGUCGUGAGAGCGGACGCCCCCCUUCGUCAUUUCCGUUCCCACGCGAUACCACCCAUAAACCGGAAGAGCUUGAGUCAAAGGGGCGUGGCCUACGAGGGGCGGAGCCGGAAGCCUCUUUAGGUGUCGGAGCCACGUCCUUGGCACGGGUGGUCGUCUUGGGGACUAGCUUCGAGACUGGAGCGGGGCGCCAUGGCGGACUGGACUCGAGAUUUUUCUUUGAGAACCGGUCUGACAUUCAAAGAUGGCGAUAUCCAUGGAGCUCAGAACUCUGGUGCUGUGGAGGAGAUUCUAGACCGGGAGAACAAGCGGAUGGCCGACAGCCUGGCCUCCAAGGUUACCAGACUCAAAUCGCUGGCCCUAGACAUCGAUAGGGAUGCAGAAGACCAGAACCGGUACCUGGACGGCAUGGACUCGGAUUUCACAAGCAUGACUGGUCUGCUCACUGGAAGCAUGAAGCGCUUUUCCACGAUGGCACGGUCUGGGCGAGACAACCGGAAGCUUCUGUGUGGUAUGGCUCUGGGUCUGAUCGUGGCCUUCUUCAUCCUCUCCUACCUCUUGUCAAGGGCAAGGACGUGAACCAGUGGGAGCCAAGGGCAGCCAGGGUUUUCUUCAACCUGGUAUCCUGGGCUCUUCAGGACUUAAAUCUACAAAAUAUUCCUUUGAAAUUAUCAUCACGAUCAGGAAUCUUCUUCCUUUGUGGUGGGAACUGUGACUGCCUCUGACCUGAUGAACUCGUUUUGCCUGGUUCCCUUUCCUUGCCUAGGGGAAACCAAGGCCCGGCCCCCAUCCCUACUCCUGGAUGCCAGAGACACCCAUUCUGAGCAGAGCAGCUCUGAGUCCUAAAUGGGUCUAUUCAUGGCCAGCUGCUCUUUUCUGAGCCUCCCAGUCCUCAGGGGUCUGAUAUCUUAAGGCUUUUUUGCCCUGUGUUGUCUAUGCCUGGAUGAGGCUGUGUCUGUGAUCUGAAAAGCCCGAGGCUGACACAGGGAGCAGGUAUGGCUGAGAACCCCAUUUGAGCUGACUCCUCCAAUGAAGGGUCCUAAGCCUGGAUAUAGUACUUAUUUGGGUGGACCAGUGUGGGCCAAGAGCCCUGUUCUAAGGACUUUGCUCUCAAGUUCCUGGAUGGGAUCAGUUCCCCACGAAGAUCAGGGGCUGUGGAUGCAGGAGUGCAUCAUAACCUUACCUGGAAGCACUGGGCUGGGAGCCUUCUGGGUCACAUAGUUGUAUGUCUAGGAGCAUAAAUGACGUCUUCAGGAUUUAGGAGCUCCCUAGUGCCUAAGAUGUAUCCCCUGGAAAAUAAUCAAGAAACAGGCCAGUGUGGCUUUACAGAGUCAGGCAGUUCCUUGGGGAGGUCUUCCCUGUAAGCACCCUCCUUAUAGGGGUGGAGAUCACCUGUUGAGACACCUUGUGCUAUUUGUAGUGAGAACUUUACACCUUCACUUGCUCUGCCCUACCUUGCCUCCCACAGCUAGUCGCCCUCCCUCCCAUAACUUGCUGUGAGGCUGCUCUGAGCUAUCAUUUUUGUCCCUGACUCUGUAGACUGCCCUUUCCACCUGUCUUUCCUUGACCCUCACCACUCACUUGGCCAGCUCUAGGGCAAUACAAACUGAACUAUGGGGCUGGCCAAGCCAGCAGCUACUGAGGGUCCGCACCUUUGUCUUCACAUGAAAAGUAUCUUUAAGGAAUUAACCCUGCAGCUUAGUGUCCUUUUUUAUCUUCAUUCUAGUUUGUCUCCCAGUCAUUCCCUCUCCUCCCCAGGACUGUUGGCUCACUGUCCCCCACUAGUGUGCCACAUCGCGAGGCCUGUCUAUCCAACCAUCUCUGAGCUCCAUGUUGACACAGAACAGCCAUAGCCUGUCCUCUCAGUGUCCUGGCCACAGUCCCAGGUACCUAUCACUUCCUCCUCCUCUAUUUAGCAGGUCCUCUUUUGUCUACACACCCUCACCACAAUCCCCUUUUUUCGACUCCUGGUCCUUCCAUUGCACCUGCUGAGCCCCUAAGCCUCUAGAGGGGGAGGAUCUGCUGCCUUUUGUUUUUUCUCUUCCAGCAUGAAGUCAGUUCUCACUGCCUCCUUUCUCUGUGUCUUUGUUAAUUCCCUGACACUCUCCCAGCUGGGCUAUUCUGGCUUUUGCUUCCUUCUUGGCAUCUCUUCAUAGGUCCUGUCACCCUUGUCACCCUCCACAACUUUGGUUUAGCCCUUGGUUCAUCACCAAACAUGGUAGCAGUUACCUGUGUUGUGUCGCCACCUGGUCACUACAGGCACUGUAGAGGGCACAUCCAUAUUCCAAUUCUACAUCCCCGUCAUCCUGGGUCAUGCACUGCUGAGGACAUGGCUGAACUAUGGGAACCACCAGAUGCCAGGACACACUUGCCAUGGUCAGAGCCCACUUAUCUUGCCUGUGAUACUAAGGAUUUAGACCUGUAUUUCAUGAUGACCUUCCCCUGGAAAAGUGCUUUUGCUGUCUCCGAGACCCCCCAGUUGGGUUUCUUCCUCAGGUCUUCAUCUCUGUCCUCAGCACCCUAUCUCCACAGCUCUUACAGUUCUUCCAGUAGUUUUCAGGUCUGUUUUGUAGUUCCUUUCUAGUUUACUUGUUUGCUCCUUGUUCUUCUCCUUGCAUUCUAUGAAUUUUAUGAAAUGGGAUGGCAGCCCUACUGCCACUGGGUCAGGCCAGUUUCCUGAAGGGCUCUAACCAUGGUCCUCCAGCUCAGCCCUGUGUACCUGGCACCUGACCCUAUGGGUAAGUGGGUUUUGCUGACUUGGUCUCCAAUACCAGUAUUCCAGAAACAGUCUUGGGGGUCCAAUGUGAGGGGUGAGAGCCCAGUAUGGGGGCCCAGUGUGAGAACAAGCUGCCAGGCUAUGCCACAAUUCAAGCACAUCUCAACAAUAAAAAUGUGGAAUAAAUAGCUUUGUGAAGAAGGAAGCACA